AUGUCUACGGAACUUUCGUCGCCAAUCUUCGCUGGGAAGACCAGACAACUAGCACUCGAACCACUUGUCCAGGCUUCAAGCCUUUCUCCUCAACCCUCACAACUAAGAAAAACUACGGUUCCACCAUAUGUCGAUAACGAAAACUUUUAUUUCAAACACAACCGAGACGAACUAUGUCUGAAAUUCACUAGCGAUUGGAAAGAAUCUCAGAAAUCCAUGGAUACUCAUAGUGACGUGUGGGCCAUGUACUUCCCGCCUAGUAUGAAUCUCGAAUACGACAGUGAAUUAGAGUCUAGACUUGCUCAAGACCUUGGUGAUUGGCCAUGUCUGAAAUCGAUCGAUGCCCCUCUUGCUCGACUGGGGCUUCAAGUGGCCCGUCUCUGUUCAAUUAAAUCGUCCCUCAGCUACGAAAGGAGGAUAUUACUACACCGGCAUGUGACGUGGAUAUUUUAUAUGGAUCAAGUCAGUGAGAAACUUGCAUUAUACGACUUGCAUUCCACUGCAGGGAAGACCUACCUGGACAACCUCAAAAGUAUUCUCAGGAACGGUCCCGUCACAGACAUGACGCAGUUCAAGGGAUCUUGUCCAGACAAUUUGAUCGAGAACGCCAUCAACGCCCAGCGAAUCCUAGCUGAAGAUUUAAUACCGCUUAAGAAGAAACUACUUUCCCCACAUCAUCUGUCCGUGUGCAACGAUGCCCUUGACCUGUUUUUCGACACACAGACAGAAGAAGGUGAAAGGUUCUGUGCUGAACCAUCAUUACAAAAUAUCUACCAGACGAGAGCCUUCACAGUCGGGACGAUGGUGCCUUCUAUCCUUUACAUGACAACUGAGCAGGCUGAGUUGUUCACACCUGAAGACCCAUGUCUUAUCCAGCUCUCAGUCAUGGCAGCUCUUUGGAAUGAUAUGAUUGGAAUAUUCAAGGAUCUAGAUUCUAUUGAUAAGCAAGAUGAUGGGUCUGUCUACUUGAAUUUCGUUCGCGCGAGCAUGAGGGACCAGGGCUUGACUGUGAGGGAUGCCUUACGCGGCUGCGCUCAGCGACUCAACACUUUAGUUCAUGAUUUCGAGUUCUACUUGACCUCAUAUCGGCCUGCUCGACGUCAGUUCUACCACGCGAAUUUGGAAUUCACCUUCAUGUACUUUGACUUCCAUUUGAUGGGGUUGAAAGAAAGUGCCAGUGAGCGCUAUGGCUGGAAGAUUAUUCGAUAG